CCGCGAAGCGAAAUAAACGCGCGAUUCUAGCUCUUCGCCGCCGUGUAUACAACGCGCGAAUUCGAGACACGUCGAAUCCCAUCGAAACAUCGAAGUAAUAUCAAUUUCCUCUUGUGAUUGUGUGUUUACGUUAAGCAUCGUCGGCCACGACGACGGACUGCCUUCUAUCUGGUGACUCGCGAGCCUUCACGGCUGGAUUUCACAUUGCGCGGACGAUUUCCGUGUCGUUGCAAAAGGAAAAGAUUUCAUUACGUGUAAAAUUGAAGAGAAAGAGUAGAUUAUAAAAUAUAUGAAAUUUCUACAAAGUGAAAAAUCUGUUAUAUUAUAAGUAAAUCUGAUUGCGUUACGCGAAAUUGAAAGGAAAAAACGGAGAUGCAUUGUUGAAUAAAAUAGAAGUGCACGUCGUGAAACUGAAAAAGAUAAAGUACGAAAUAGACGUAUAAAUUUCUCCGAAAUAAAUCUCUUGCGCGUCUAUCCUUUUUUUUCGUUUAUCGAGCAUAAAUUUAAUUAGUUUUCUGAAUGUCACUGCAGAGAAAUAAGCUAUUCUUUGGACUUUGUCGACGCAGCGAGAUAUUAAGGAGAGUGACACGUGGACCGCUUCAGAAUUAAAAAUCGCCAAGAAUUUCGCUUAUUAUACUUCUGGAAUCUUUCGUUAUCUUUUGAUAUCUUAUACAGAUGAUUGCAUCGAUAGAGUGUCAUUAAAUACAUAGGUGCAAGCACCAGCACCGGAAUCGUGGAAACAUGGGCGUGGAGACAGUCGACACCGGGGGUGUCUUCAGAAAACCCGGCGCGAGACCGGAAGUUCUCAAGCACGAAGGGAAAUUACCUUGGAGCAUGGAGCGCGGAUUGCACGAGCGUGACCGAGCCGGCGUACAGGACUUCGUCCUCUUGGAGGACUUCCGCAGCGAGACCGCUUUCAUCGACAAUCUGCGCAAACGAUUCAAGGAGGAUCUUAUUUACACAUACAUCGGUCAGGUACUGGUGUCGGCGAAUCCUUAUAAAAAACUGCCCAUUUACACCCCGGAGACCAUUCUUUACUAUCACGGGAGAAACUUCUUCGAGGCACCCCCUCACAUUUUCGCUCUCACGGACACCGCCUAUCAAUCUUUGGCUAAGGAGAAUCGCGAUCAAUGCAUCCUGAUUUCGGGCGAAUCGGGAUCCGGUAAAACGGAAGCGUCCAAGAAGAUCUUGGAGUUUAUCGCGGCUGCUACCGGGCAUAAGAAGCAGGUGGAAGAGGUGAACAAUAAAUUGAUCGGCAGCAAUCCCGUGUUGGAAGCUUUCGGUAACGCGAAGACUAAUCGCAAUGACAAUUCAUCCCGCUUCGGCAAGUACAUGGACGUACAGUUCAAUUUUCAGGGAGACCCAGUCGGUGGAAAUAUUCUAAACUAUUUGUUAGAGAAGUCUCGUGUGGUCCAUCAAUCGGUUGGCGAGCGGAAUUUUCAUAUCUUUUAUCAGCUUUUGGCGGGCGCGGACGACGACACGUUGAGAAAAUUGUUCUUGAAGAGAAACCUCGACACUUUCUUUUACCUGAGCAACGGAACGAAGGGUACGGUGGAUACCAUCGACGAUGCUAAUCAGUACAAGGAGGUCGUUCAGGCGAUGAAAACCAUGGAGAUGUCUCAACAGGAACAAAACGACUUGUUUGCCAUAGUCGCGUCGGUACUACACAUGGGUAACGUGGGUUUCUCGGAGGAAGACGGCGUAGCGACUAUUCUUAAACCCGCGUCCGUCGAUGCUGUCGCUACGCUGUUAGGAUGCGACGUGAAGCGACUGGCAAAGGCGUUCACUCAUCGCACCAUAGAUGCUCACGGUGACGUGGUAGUUUCACCCUUGAAUAGGGAAUUGGCUAUUUAUGCGAGAGACGCGCUGGCGAAGGCCGUGUACGACAGAUUAUUCACCUGGCUCGUGACUAGACUUAACAAAUCUUUACAGCCCCAUACUAAUCCUCGACGCAAAAUGGUCAUGGGUAUUUUGGACAUUUACGGCUUUGAAAUCUUUCAGAAAAAUAGUUUCGAGCAGUUCUGCAUUAACUUUUGUAACGAGAAAUUGCAACAACUGUUCAUCCAAUUGACGCUGAAGUCAGAGCAGGAAGAAUAUCUACGCGAAGGAAUAACUUGGGAAAACAUAGAGUAUUUUAAUAACAAGAUCAUCUGUGAUCUGAUUGAAGAGAAGUAUAAAGGAAUAAUAUCGUUAAUGGACGAGGAGUGUUUGCGACCUGGAGAACCGACGGAUAUGAGCUUUUUGGAGAAAUUGAACGUAAAUCUGAACAAUCAUCCUCACUACGUCAGUCAUAAGAAAGCUGACUUACAAACGCAGAAGAUUAUGGGACGAGACGAAUUCAGAUUGAUGCAUUAUGCCGGCGAUGUUACGUAUAACGUACGCGGAUUUCUCGAGAAAAAUAAUGAUCUACUAUUUCGAGAUUUACGCGAAGUUAUGUCGCAUACAACAAAUUCAAUCACAAAGACUGUAUUUGAUGUGAAAGAUUUAACCAGUAAAAAACGCCCGGAGACCGCCAUAACUCAAUUUAAAAAUAGUUUGAAUAAUCUGGUUGAGAUUCUCAUGGGUAAAGAACCGUCUUACAUUCGUUGCAUCAAACCUAACGAUUUUAAGAUGCCUAAUCAAUUCAACGAAAAGAUUGUGUUGCAUCAAGUAAAGUACUUGGGCCUAAUGGAGAAUCUGCGAGUGAGACGCGCCGGUUUCGCAUACCGCAGACCGUACGAGCAAUUCUUGCAGCGUUACAAGUGCCUCUGUUCGGAAACCUGGCCAAAUUACCAUGGCCCGGCCAAGGAAGGCGUGCAGGUGCUCGUGUGUCAGCUCGGUUACGAGCGCGACGAGUACAGGAUGGGAAACACAAAGUUAUUCAUCCGAUUCCCUAAAACGUUAUUCGACACGGAGGACGCGUUCCAGAUGAAGAAACAUGAAAUAGCAGCCAUUAUUCAGAGCAAAUGGAAAGGUAUAUUAACGAGGAGGAAAUAUUUAGAGAUACGAGAAGCAACGAUCGUUUUCCAGAAAUACAUUCGCAGGUGGCUCGCGAAACGCGAGGCCAAGAAACGGCAGCAAGCGGUUGCCACUGUCCGCAGAUUUAUCGAAGGCUUCAUAACACGGGAUGGACCGCCUACGAAAAUUAACAAGGCAUUUAUCGAACUGGCAAAAUCACAAUGGCUCAUCAGACUUUCCAAGACAUUGCCACCGGGUGUCUUAAAUAAAUACUGGCCGCCGUGUCCAUAUUCUUGUCGAGAGGCGUCGGAGCAUUUGCGCGUAAUGCACAGGCGGUGGAAAGCCCGUCGUUAUCGAAUGGCAUUAAGCAAGGAGGACAAGGAGCACUUUGAGUUGAAAAUUCUCGCGGAGUCUCUGUUCAAGAAUAAGAAGAAAUCUUACGCGAAAAGUGUGGGUCCGAGAUUUGUAACCGAUCGUCUCGGCGAGGAGUACAAAGCACUACGACAGAGCUUUAUUAACAACGUUUUAACUUCCGGAGAACACAUAAAGUACGCCACUCCAGUCAUUAAAUACGAUCGACACGGGUAUAAGCCACGCGAGAGAGUGCUUAUUUUAACGGAGAAUGCCGUGUACAUUCUCGACACACUUAAGACCUUCAAGCUUAAGCAUCGCCUGCCUUACAAGGCUAUCGAGGAGUUGGUUGUCACCGGAGAAUCGGAUAAUUUACUUGUCGUUAGGAUACCACCCGAAUUGAAAAAGGAUAAGGGUGACUUGAUCUUAGAAGUUCCGCAUAUAAUAGAAGCGUUAACGAAAGCGAUCGAUAUCACCAACAAUCCGAACAUUCUCAAGAUUGUCAAUACCGAAUCUGUGUCCCACAAACUAGUCAGUGGUAAGGAGGGAGUCAUCGAAGUUAGGACCGGCGCCACCCCGGCGAUCAGUAAAAAUCGACAAAGCGGGCAUUUAUUAGUGGUCGCUUCGCCGUAAAAUCAUCCCAAAAGGAUAACUUUUCGAGGGUCCGGUGCUACGUACGAUGCCUAGAGCAGCCUUAACAGAAUGUGAUUUAGAGAAUAACGCAACGGAAAAUUAAGAAGAGAUAAUAUAUGACACUUUUACCCCGGCGAUUUUGUACCUUAUCACGAAAAGGGUGAUAAAAUGACAAUACAUAGGCCUUUCGUUCCGACGUACAGAUUACGUCGAAAUCUUGUUAUAAAUAGUACGAAAGGCAUAGAGUGCCAUAGGGCCUCCUGUAUAAUAUUUCCUUGUAAAUUAGGUAAUAUUAUUAAACGAUAUUUAUUCUGACGGAAAGAAGGAUAAAACCGACACUGGAUUGGCAAGUUCGCUUGUCAAUAAUUUAUAAAACGUUAUUUAAAUAUAAGUUAAGCUUCAGUUA